AACGCUGCCUUCUUUAGAUGUCAACUACUCCAGAGGUAACGGACAAACAUUUAGCGGGUUGGCUAGCACGGACGACUGAUAUUCCUUGACGAAAAGCCUCUUUAAAUAAAGUAAUGAGGUAGAUAGACAGACAAAUAAUUACAUUUACCCUGACUGUAACAGGCCGAUUUUUGUCACACUGAAAAUGGACCAGGAAUUUGAAGACAUGGACUCAGAGGGCCGGUGGCAAAACCUAUACUUAGAAAUCAGGAAUCAGUCCCAAGAAUGCUCCUACAAAGUCGCAAAGUAUCCAGAGAAUCGCAAUCGCAACAGAUACAGAGACGUCAGCCCGUUUGAUCACAGUCGGGUGAAGCUGGAGAACACAGAAAAUGACUACAUCAAUGCCAGUCUAGUAGUGAUGGAGGAAGCCCAGAGAAGUUACAUUUUGACUCAGGGCCCCCUCAGGAACACCUGUGGCCACUUUUGGCUCAUGAUCUGGGAACAGAAUACUAAGGCAGUGAUCAUGCUCAACAGAAUCAUAGAGAAAGGCUCGGAGAAAUGUGCCCAGUACUGGCCCACGGCUGAAGAGCAGAAAAUGUCCUUCAGAGACACACGUUUUGUGGUCACACUGGUGUCCGAAGACACCAAGUCCUAUUAUACCACCCGAGUGUUGGAGCUGCAGAAUGAUAAUACAGGGGAGAAAAGAGAGAUCUACCACUUUCAUUACACCACGUGGCCUGACUUUGGUGUCCCCGAGUCCCCAGCGUCCUUCCUGAAUUUUCUCUUCAAGGUUCGGGAGUCAGGGUCAUUGGGGGUGGAUCAGGGGCCGGCUGUGGUGCACUGCAGUGCUGGGAUUGGACGCUCAGGGACAUUCUCACUCGUCGACACUUGUCUGGUCCUGAUGGACAAGAGGAAAGACCCGUCAUCAGUGGACAUCAAAGGCAUCCUGUUGGACAUGAGAAAGUACCGGAUGGGCCUGAUCCAGACCCCUGACCAGCUGCGCUUCUCCUACAUGGCUGUCCUGGAAGGAGCCAAAUACAUCAUGGGAGACUCCUCUGUACAGAAGCAGUGGCGGGAGUUGUCCCGGGAAGACCAAGAGCCGUCGUCUCACUCUCCACCUUCGUCUCAGGCCAAGUGUCCUUCAGAGAGGUACAACGGCAGCCAGCGGGGAGGCCCCCAGCUGGAGGAGGGAGGAGACUGCAGGCAGGACAGCAAAGUUCCCAGUCAGUCUCCCUGCAAGGAGCAGGAGCUGGACAGCACCACAACACACAAGAGACGCAGAGAAGACAGCAUCUCCAAAUCAGCCACAGCAAAGACACCCCAGCAAAGCAAGGCCAGGAUAAAUGACUCAGAAAAGAAGAGGAAAAGGGCAAAAACCAGUGACACCUAACCAUCUCCACCUGCGGUCACGUGACUACAGCUCUGGCAGCGAAGCCAACAUCGGCAGGGAUCUCCAGCUCUCUCCCAACCUCCGUGCUUCUUCCCCGACCCAAAACCACUCUUCCUUGAAUCCAACCAGCUCUCAUCUUCUGUUACAUUUGUUUUUUGUUGUAGUUGUUUUCAGUUGACACCAUCCCUCUUCAGUCAACCUAAUCACAACACAAUCUAUCAUGCACCUCAUUGCUCCCACAACCUCUUUAUCUACUCCCUUGUUCUCCUCAGUGCCCCGCCCUCACGGCCUUCCCAUCGCUCCUCAGCUCCUCUCCCCAUCCCAUCUCUCUAAACUGUUUACAGCAAACACUCUGACAUUCUGAUGAAGAGAUGACAAACACACCAGCUCCUUCACACCCCAGCCCCCCCACCACCACUGCUGCGGAGUGCAGUCAGAACACCUGUUUUUUUUUUUUGUUUUUUUUUUCUUUGCUUUGUUUUUCAUUUUAUUAUUUGCAUCUUUGUCAUUCAUUUAGCAUUUACCAAAAUUAAGUUUCACUAUGAACUGAAAAUAGGGGCUAUGCAUUGCCAAUUUGUUAUGGUGUUUAUAUGUGUAUUUUUAGAGAACUUUUUUCAGAGGCAAAAAUAAAAUGUUCUAUUUUUUAUAAGAGAUUACUUGAAGUUUUCCACGGUGUUGGGAGGGCUAAAUGAAAGCACCCCCUCCCCCCACAUGAGAAAUUCAGUGGCAUGUUUCCAUGAUGUACAUAGUGUUCUUUUUAAAAGAUGUGUGUAAAAAGACAUAUUUUUGUUUGUACAAAAAUGACCGAAGACAAUGUAUUUGAUUUGAAGACAUACGAAACUUUCUUUCAUGACUUGUUCUCCUUUUGAAAUGAAUUUGUCUUAAGUUUCCUUUUCCCCCUAGAGUGUAAUCUACAAAUAAAACUGGUAUCGUCUAGUUUACAUAA